AUGUCGUUUCCGGCUUCGUCUGAUCUCUCGCGGGGAAGCUCACGGCUCAGAGAUGGCGGGCGCGAGCCGCGUCAAAGUGUCAUGAUCCAAUCCGGGGAGACCGAUGAUGUCGAACUGGCUCCGGGAUUGGAAUCGAGCACAAAGCCUGAACCAAAGCCAUGGGCACAUCUACUAGCUGGAGGGAUCGGCGGCAUGACUGCAGCAGCCCUCACCUCGCCGCUUGAUGUUUUGAAAACGCGGCUUCAGUCUGAUUUUUACCAAGCCCAACUCCGAUCCCUUCGUGCCGCCCAUCCCCUACCCCAAUCGCACUCUAUUCUCUCCCUGUCGCGCAGCGCAGGCGUCCAUUUUGCCGAAACCGUUCAAAUUCUACGAUCGAUACACGUCCACGAGGGCUGGCGCGCUCUGUUCAAAGGGUUGGGCCCCAACCUUACCGGAGUGGUGCCUGCUCGAGCGAUCAAUUUUUACGUAUACGGCAAUGGGAAAAGAAUACUAAGUGAUUACUUCGGCUACAAUCCAGACGAGGCUCCUGCGGGUAUUCAUCUCGGCGCUGCCGCCAUCGCUGGCAUGGCCACUGGUACAGCCACGAACCCGAUUUGGCUGAUAAAAACCCGACUACAACUCGACAAAUCAAAUGCUUCAAACAUACCCGGUCGUGGGAGGCAAUAUAAGAACAGUUUCGAUUGCAUCCGACAAACAGUCCGUCAUGAAGGCAUUCGGGGCUUAUAUCGUGGUUUGACGGCGUCGUACCUGGGUGUCACGGAGAGCUCUCUCCAAUGGGUGAUGUACGAGCAGAUGAAGCGUGUACUUGCUCGACGCGCGGCGCGACGAUCGGCCGAUCCGGAGCACGUUUAUGGCUGGCAAGAUUUCAUGGAAGAAUGGGGUGGUAAGCUUACAGCGGCUGGCUCCGCUAAGCUGAUCGCAGCAGCAGCCACAUACCCGCAUGAGGUAGUCCGAACGAGACUGCGGCAGGCGCCUACGGUCCCGGCCGGUGGUGGAAAGGUUGAGAUGAAAUACACCGGUUUGAUGCAAUGUUUCCGCCUGAUCUUCAAGGAAGAAGGGAUGGCUGGCUUAUACGGCGGGUUAACACCACAUCUUCUUCGGGUUGUGCCCAGUGCCGCGAUCAUGUUCGGAAUAUCCCAAAGGCCUAUCCCAUGA